CCUGCAAUUGUUUUCUCUUUCCACAGAGGAAGUGUGUGAUCCAGCAAAUGAAAUGAAGCAGCAUUCUGUGAAUGAAAAAGGAGUGAUAUAUUCAGAUGGAAAAGACGGCACUGAAUAUUCUGGUGCCCUGAAAAAGAAAGAAGGAAAACAGCCAACUAAAGAGAGGAGUAAUUCUGGUCCUUUCCAGGGGGACGAGUCGCAUAAAACGGCACCAUUUAAUGAAAUGGAUGAAAAAUACAAUAGGAAUGAGGAUGCUGCAACUGUGCAAAGGCGUUCUGAGAAAUCAGAUAAAAAUGUUGAUUGCAGUGACCGUAAAAAAAUGAAAAUACUUAAAUCCCUGACAUGUGCAACAAGAUUUGGGGAGAAACGAAAGGUAACUUCUCAUACAAGAAUUCACACAGGGGAGAAAACUUAUAAAUGCCUGGAAUGUGGAAAAGGAUUCAAUACAAGAAGAAACCUUACUUCUCAUCGAAGAAUUCACACAGGGGAGAAACCUUAUACAUGCCUGGCAUGUGGAAAAGGCUUCAGUCAAAGAACAGGCCUUACUUCACAUGAGAGAAUUCACACAGGGGAGAAACCUUAUAUUCAUACACAGCAGAAACUAUAUAAAUGCCUGGAGUGUGGAAAAAGCUUCAGUCACAAGACAACUCUUACUUCACAUCAGAGAACUCACACAAGGGAAAAACCAUAUAAAUGCCUGAAGUGUGGAAAAGACUUCAGUCAGAGUGGAGGCCUUGCUUCCCAUCAAAGAGUUCAUACAAGAGAGAAACCAUAUAAGUGCCUGGUGUGUGGAAAAGACUUCAGUCACAACAUAACUCUUACUUCACAUCAGAGGAUUCACACCGGGGAAAAACCAUAUAAAUGUCUGACAUGUGGAAAAGUCUUCAGUCAGAGUGGACACCUUACUUCCCAUCAGAAAAUUCACACAGGGGAAAAACCAUAUAAAUGCCUGGAAUGUGGAAAAAGCUUCAGUGAGAGUGGUCACCUUGCUCACCAUCAAAAAAUUCAUACAGGGCAGAAACCAUAUACAUGCCUGGAUUGUGGGAAAAGCUUCAGACAGAGUGGAAGCCUUACUUGUCAUCAAAGAAUUCAUACAGGGCAGAAACCAUAUGCAUGCCUGGAUUGUGGGAAAAGCUUCAGACAAAGUGGAAGCCUUACUUUCCAUCAAAGAAUUCACACGGGAGAGAAACCAUAUAAAUGCCUGGUGUGUGGAAAAGCCUUCCGUCACAACUCAAACCUUAUUUCACAUCGGAGAAUUCACACAGGGGAGAAACCAUAUAAAUGCCUGGAAUGUGGAAUAGGCUUCAGUCAAAGCACAGGCCUUACUUCACAUCAGAGAAUUCACACAGGGGAGAAACCAUAUAAAUGCCUGGAGUGUGGAAAAGUCUUCAGUAGGAGUAACAGCCUUACUUCCCAUCAAAGAGUUCAUACAGGGCAGAAACCAUAUAAAUGCCUCAUGUGUAGAAAAGCCUUCAGUCGCAACACAAGUCUUAUUUCACAUCAGAGAAUUCACACAGGGGAGAAACCAUACAAAUACUCCUAGUGUGGAAAAGAUUUCUCUGUAGAUUUCAUUUUCUCCAUGGACUCCAUUUGCAGAGCUGAUUAUCUCUCUUUCAGUUAUUUUGAUCUAGAUUACCUUCUUCUCUAUUCACUCUCUCUUUGACCCAAGUUUUCUUCUGGCCAUACUUUUAUUGCUCUUUUCUCUUCCCCUUUUCCCUCCUGAGUUCCCAGUCACUUUCCGUAUUAUACAUACUUGGCCUAGCUAUCAUAGAAUUAUAGAGUUGGAAGAUACCACUGUCUUGAGCCAAAUCAGCAGAUCCAGCAAAUUACAGAGCAAAGUAACAAUCUUGGUUGCAGGGGCUUUGGGGGUGGACUGAGGCAGUGCCAGCAGAUGUACACCAGCUGUGUAAAGCUAAACCAGGGGUCCUCAAACUACGGCCCAGGGACCAAAUGCAGCCCCCCAAAAACAUUUAUCCGGGUCUGGGCUGGGUGU